AUGGCAACCCCGGUGGUGAAGCCGAAGCCCCCGUCAGCCACUAGUAUACCAGCUAUCCUGAAGACGUUGCAGGACGAGUGGGAUGCCGUAAUGUUGCACAGUUUUACGCAACGACAGCAGCUGCAGACUGCGCGGCAAGAGCUGAGUCACGCUCUGUACCAACACGACGCUGCGUGUCGUGUGAUUGGACGACUCACUCACAAGGAGGUGACAGCCGCGCGUGAGGCCUUGGCCACACUCAAACCCCAGGCCGGCAUCGCGCAGCCUCCCGCCGGUAUUCCACAGCCUGCUAUUGCGGUGGAAGCAGCUGGUGUUGCGGCCCAACCGACGGAGCAGGCCGGCAUGACUCCAGAGAUUAUACAGAAGCUGCAGGACAAGGCCACGGUCCUGACACAGGAGAGGAAGAAGCGAGGUCGGACCGUGCCCGAGGACCUGGUGUCACAUGACACAGUGCGCAACUUCCACACGUUAGCAUCCCAUCCGGGGUUGCACAGCGCCAGCGUGCCGGGUAUCCUGUCCCUGGACAUCCACGCAGCAGACACCAGCAAGAUCCUGACUGGAGGCAACGACCGCAAUGCCACCGUCUUCAACAAGGAUACAGAGCAAGUGGUCGCCAUACUCAAGGGCCACACCAAGAAAGUCACCAGGGUCGUUUACCACCCAGAAGAGGAUAUUGUGAUAACAGCCUCUCCGGAUACCACUAUCCGAGUGUGGGAUGUGCCCAACUCACAGCCGCUGCAGUUGUUGCGAGCCCAUGACGGCUCGGUGACUGGUCUCUCUCUGCACCCUACUGGCGACUAUGUGCUGUCCACAUCCACAGACCAGCACUGGGCCUUCAGUGAUAUACACACUGGCCGGGUGCUCACCAAGGUGGCAGAUGAGAGCUCGACAGGGGGUAUAGCUCUGACCACGGCUCAGUUCCAUCCUGACGGACUCAUCUUUGGCACCGGAACUUCCGACUCGCAAGUCAAAAUCUGGGAUCUCAAAGAACAGUCUAAUGUUGCCAACUUCCCUGGUCAUUCUGGUCCCAUAACAGCGAUCUCAUUCUCUGAGAACGGUUACUAUCUCGCUACGGCUGCGGACGACUCCUGUGUCAAACUGUGGGACUUGCGAAAGCUCAAGAACUUCAAGACGCUGCAGCUGGACGACGGUUAUGAAAUCAAGGACUUGUGUUUCGACCAGAGCGGAACCUACCUGGCCGUGGCUGGCACAGAUAUCAGGGUGUACCUCUGCAAACAGUGGCAGGAACUGAAGGUGUUCAACGAUCACACGGCCAUGGCGACCGGAGUGAGGUUCGGCCGGAACGCCCAGUACAUCGCCUCCUCCAGCAUGGACCGGACACUGAAACUGUACGGACUGUGAGUCCCGCAACCUCACGUGUGAUGGACAUCUGUGUAUAUAUUAGAGAUAAGAAGACAUGGAGUGAAUUGGCUGAGUUUAAAGUGUACCUAGAUUAUGAUUAUCCUCUUUCCACAAAGUGUAGGAUAGACAGGUUCAAUGAUUGUUUGGGUGUGAUUGAAAUUACAUUUUUCUGUAAGCGUACGUUUUUAUGUAAGUUAAAAAUAUUUUAGUUCCCGAUUACUGUAAAAUUUAUGAGUUUAUCUUUACAAUUUUAUAACCUGAGACAAAUACUACAUCAUAAAUUACUUUAACGUACACGAGGGUUAUUAUGAAGUUUGUGAUUUGUGGAAGCAUAUUAUACUAAGUUGUAGUGUUUAAUUUUGUUUCGUUUUAAGUAAUUAGUCAUAAUUUAAGUGUAAACAAAAACUGCCAAAAAAUAUUACUCUCUUAGUAUUAACAAGAUUUCAGGUUUUAAACUACGCAUUAAGUUAUAACUUACUAUGCAAAAUUAGUGAUAUAAAUAAAUAUAGGAAUUAUGCUAAGGUAUUUCCAGUCCAAUUUUAGGUUUUUUCACACAAUAUGAGGAUUCUUCUAAGAAAGAAAUUUAUCAUCAGGUGCACAAUUUUUGAUGGGGUCGAAAUGGGUUCGUUUAAAUAAGAUUAAAAAGACUAAGUAAUAAAUAUUUUCACACAUUGUGUUUUUAGCUGUUCAUGUUUAUAACCAGUGAUCUGACACGUAAAUAAUGUUUAUGUCACUAUCAGCCAAUGUUAUGAAUAGGCUGAAAGCCCUAAUUUUCAGCCAAACAAUUGGUCCUUAUAUGGUUAGCUGAAGCUGGUUUAACUUUUAUAGUACAGUUUGUCUACAAAGUCAUGUCACACUUUAUUUACAGAAGUAACAGUAAAAGAAUAAGAUGAACAUUUGAUCAAAGAGUACUUUAAAUGGUUUAAGUCAUUUUAACUUAGCCAUGAAUAGACCUGAAGAAGUCCAAGCGAACUUUGAUCUCCUCCCAUGCCUUGAUCAGAUCAGAAUUUCUGGGUAACUGAUUCAAUCGCAGCUCGGAAUCGUUGCUUUCAGCAUCAAUAUUUUGAAUUUGUUCACUAUUCACUUUAACAAAGCCCCAUAAAUUAUUGAAGUCAAGUGAAUGUGAUGGACAAGUCUUCCACUCAACUCGACCAAUCCAACUUCCAGGCAACUUCUCGUUCAAAAAAUCACGAACAAUUCUGUAAUAGUGGGAAAAUCUCCAUCAUAUUAAAAAAAUCAAAUUUCCAUUUGAUGAGCAUAAUGUUCUAACAUAUCAAAAUAAAUUAAUCUGUUACUAGUGUUUUUAGCAAAGAAAAAUGGACCAAUAAACAGUCUCGGGAAAGAGCACACCGAACGUUUAUUUUAGGCGAAUCACGAUGAUGUUACAAAAGACGUUAACCAGACAUUUCGAGAUGACAACUAAAUCAAUAAAAACAAAACUUUAUAAACUGGUGUCUUAAUUCACAUCUGUUUCACGUACAAGUAAUCAAUAAUAAAGUACUUAUAAACAAUUAAAAGUGUAACAUGGCUUUGUCGACACACUGUACUGUUUAAUGAUUAGUUGAAAGUGUGUCAAGCUAAAAUAAAUAUGAUUGAGAUAAAUUAUCGUUUGAUAUUUUUGAACCUUAUCCAUCUUCUUUCCCAUUUCGGCCCUCCCAUCUAAACUUGUUGUGGUUUAUGACUAAUUUCUUUUGUAAGAGAAAUUCCUGUUGAUUUUGCGGACAACUAGUUUGUGACUUAUACAAUGCAAAUUGCUCUUAGCUUCUUAUCUUAUUUGUUCUGAUUGUCUAUUCACACUUUUUAGGUGUUAAGUUCACGCCAUACUAGCCCAAUCUAAUGCUUUAAUAGAUUUACAGUAUAUAGUGAGGGGAAGGUUUUGUAUCUCUGUCUGAACUCUUGUCCAACUUUCAAUUAUCGACUUAAUAAUUUGGCCAGACAAUAUUCACUGUUAAAUACGGUAUUGUUUGGGAAUAAGGUAAUUUGUUUCCUUAAUUUAAAUGCUAUUUUAUUUUAUUUUGUAUUCUGAUUGGAACUGUUAGAGCUUGAAUAUUUACGUAAUUAAUUCAUUGCAUAGUAAUUUAUUCUCGAUAGAGCAUACAAUAGUUGUUGAGAAUUCAUUCACGCCAAUUCAGUAAUGAUUUCACACCUAAGUUUCUAGUUCUCUGAACUAAACAUUCUAAACACUCAAGUGUUUUGUUUUUAAUUCAUGAAUUUGUUAUAUUUAGUCAUACAAUUUUAUAUCAAGUAUAGGUUCUUAGCAUUUGAUUCAAAGUCAAUAAAAGCAAGACUAUCA